AUGAAAGAAUGUAAUUUAAAAUGGGAUCCCAUAUCAACAAAACGAUUAAAACAAAAUGUUAUUCAUACAUUGUCGUCCAAGGUUGAUACAAUCAUUCAUCAAACAUUGAAUGGUGUUGAUCAUGUAACAUUAACCGUGGAUGGUUGCAUUGCGUUCCCAGGUUGUUAUUGCUUGGUUGGUUCCGGCCGGUUAAGUUUGUUUUCCGACGACUUCCUUGCCGCCGGAAGUUCAAACGUAGGUUCCAGUAAUUUUCUAACUGUUUCCUGCAAACUUCGAGUCGGAAACGAUUACAAACUGAUCGGAUAUUUCCCGCAUAAUUCCUGCCGGAAUCCGGCGGCAAGGAAUUUGGCGGAACCUGCUGGAAUUUCAACAGAUCCAAUCGCCGGAAUGAUCGAUCUGGGUUUAUCAUGCUUUGCACACACUUUACAGUUAUCUGUAAAAGAUGGACUACAAAAGGCUUCUCAUGUGCCCAAGGUACUUGCUAAAUGUCAAGCAUUGGCUAAAUUUUCACACAAAUCAACAAAAAUUGCUGACACGCUUGAUCAAUUGAACAAACACAUGAAUAAAUCAAACGUUACCAGAUGGAAUAGCGAAUAUUUAUUGAUUAAAUCGAUUUUAUCUCUUGGUAAAAACGAUGCUGAUAGCAUAACACCAUUAAUGGACAGCCCAGUGAAGUUUUCAAAUAAUGAUUUUAUUGUAUUAGAAGAAAUAGUUAUCGUCCUCGAUCCGUUUUAUGAGAUACCAAUAAAAUGCCAAGCAGAAGCUGCCGUUGCUGCAAGUUUAGUUGUACCUUCUGUUGUGCAUUUGAUAACUCACCUCCGUGAUAUAAAAAGUGAAGUUAAAUUUUGUGGCCCACUAGUGCAACAAUUACAAUCAUCUCUUGAAAAGAGAUUCUGUGGUAUCAUGAAACGAUUAAAUCAAGCUGAUGCUAUCAAUGAUGAAAAUUAUGGUGAUCCAGUGUACUUCAUGGCCGCAGUUCUCGACCCUGCAUUCAAAUUCUUCUGA